AUGGCAGAUCCCGACCCGGAGCCCGUGACGUCAAGAGCGGGGCACCGCCUCGGGGCCCCGGAGACUCUUGGCAUCAGUACGCUGGACCCGGCACACAGGCCUCCGGUCAUGCCUGCCGGAAGACAUGUCACCAUCAGGGUCCAUAUGUUGGAUGACACUGAGGAGCUCUUUGACGUCUCUGUCAAAGCUUCCGGCAAGGUACUAUUCGACCUGGUGUGUACCCACAUGAAUCUCAUAGAGGGCGAUUACUUUGGUCUGGAGUUUCAGAACCAUCAAAAAAUGACGGUUUGGCUGGAUCCUAUCAAGCCUAUUAUCAAGCAGCUGAGACGACCGAAGCACACGACAUUGAGGUUUGCUGUGAAAUAUUUUCCUCCAGACCAUGCCCAGCUGCUUGAGGAGCUGACUCGGUACCUGUUUGCCCUCCAAAUUAAAAAUGAUAUUUCCAGCGGGCGCCUGACUUGCAAUGACACCAGUGCUGCGCUGAUGGUCUCUCACAUUAUGCAGUCUGAGAUUGGUGACUUUGAGGAAAGCCAGUGCCGGUCACACCUCCUCAAUAAUAAGUACAUCCCUGAUCAGAUGCCCUUGAUCGACAAGAUCAUGGAGUUCCACUCAAUGAAUGUUGGUCAGACACCGGCCGAAUCUGACUUCCAGUUGCUGGAAGUGGCACGCCGCCUGGAAAUGUACGGGGUUCGUCUCCACCCAGCCAAGGAUCGUGAGGGCUCGCGGCUAAGCCUUGCUGUGGCACACACAGGCGUCCUGGUCUUUCAGGGACACACGAAGAUUAACUCCUUCAAUUGGUCGAAAGUGCGUAAACUGAGCUUCAAGAGGAAACGUUUCCUUAUUAAGCUCAGGGCUGAUGGGAAUAGUUCAUAUCAAGACACUCUGGAGUUCCUGAUGGCCAACCGAGACUGUUGUAAAGUCUUUUGGAAGAUCUGUGUAGAAUACCACGCCUUCUUCCGGCUCUUUGAGGAACCCAAACCCAAGCCCAAACCUGUGCUAUUCACACGAGGCUCCUCUUUCAGAUUCAGCGGCCGCACGCAGAAGCAGGUGAUUGAUUUUGUGAGGGAUUCCGAAUUUAAAAAGCUUCCGUUCGAAAGGAAACACAGUCGAGUCCAACACAACAGCCGCCUGUCGCCUUUGCCUUCUCCACACUACCAAAAAGUGCCAAAAGAAAGUGGUGCUCUCGGAGACCGAGUUGACGCUCCUUCGCAGCACCAAUGGAAGGAGUCGGCGCUAGUGAGCUCACAGGGAACGCCCCAAGCUCCGGUGAGCCCAGCUCACCAGAACAAUGGUCACGAAGACAGAUCGCCGCCUGGAAACGCUGAGACCAGAGGGUGGAGUCGGCGACUUUCGCCCAUUCACCCAAAUGUUUUUAUUGUUCCCUAUAUGUCUACGUCAUCCGCGCACUCACACGGUCUGCUUAAUGGCCAGACGUCUCUGGAGGUGGGCAGUCACAGUCCGGACGUUCGGCAGCCUUCGCCUCUCACCAGCCCCCUCCUCAAUGACGCAUGCAGCAUUCGCACCGAUGAUGAAGACGAGGUGCGCCGGAAGAGGUUCCCAACAGACAGGGCCUAUUUCAUCGCCAAGGAGUUGCUGACUACAGAGAGGACAUACGUCAAAGACCUGGAGGUGGUGACCGUGUCUUUCCAGAACAUCAUUGGACAGGAAGAAGAUGCCCCAGAGUCUCUCAAGAAGACCAUUUUUUCCACGCUUGAGCCGCUGCACAAGUUUCACACGGGUUUUCUCAGGGAGGUGGAGCAGAGGCUGGCUUUGUGGGAAGGGCGUUCAAAUGCUCACAUUAAAGGAGACUACCAGCGCAUUGGAGAUGUCAUGCUGAAGAACUUGCAAGAUUUGAAGCCUUUAACAACCAACCUGCAUAAGCAGAGCGACAUCUUGAUUGAGCUAGAGAAGGCGUGCAGGGCAUCACGCAGAUUAGAAGGCCUCUGCCGGGAGUUUGAAUUGCAGAAGGUGUGCUACGUGCCCCUCAACGUCUUCAUCCUGCGACCUCUGCAUCGCCUCGUGCACUACAAGCAUAUUCUGGAGCGUCUGUGCAAACACUACCCAGCGACGCAUGUGGACUUCAGGGACUGCAGAGCUGCUCUGGCAGACGUCUCCGAGGUGGUGGAGCAACUCCAGGCCAGUAUUGUGAAGAUGGAGAAUUUUCAGAAGCUGUUGGAGCUGAAGAAGGAUCUGAUUGGUGUGGACAAUCUGGUUGUUCCUGGUCGGGAGUUCAUCAGGUUUGGUUGCCUUAGCAAACUCUCUGGAAAAGGCCUUCAGCAACGAAUGUUUUUCUUGUUCAACGAUGUCAUUUUGUACAGCAGUCGAGGGAUGACGGCGACCAAUCAGUUCAAAAUUCACGGACAGCUACCCCUUCAUGGCAUGACAAUCAGAGAGAGUGAAGAUGAGUGGGGUGUUCCUCACGCCUUCACUUUGGUCAGCCAGCGGCAGUCAGUAGUAGUAGCAGCCAGUUCUUUGUCAGAAAUGGAAAAGUGGAUGGAGGACAUUGACAUGGCUGUCGAACUGUCAAAAAACAAUAACGGGCCUUCAUCUGACGUAAUGAGCUGCACGUUGACUGACAGCAAAUGCCCCGAUGAAUUCUCAGCAGAGGGGGAGUCUGAAGACGACACGACUGCGUCGCACAUCUCCUUGGAAAGGGCCGCCCCUCACCGUGGUAACACCAUGGUGCACGUGUGCUGGCACAGGAACACCAGUGUGGCCAUGGUGGAUUUUAGCAUAGCUGUGGAGAACCAGCUAUCGGGAAAUCUACUACGGAAGUUCAAGAAUAGCAAUGGCUGGCAGAAGCUUUGGGUGGUCUUCACCAACUUCAGUCUGUUUUUCUACAAGUCCCACCAGGAUGAUUACCCUCUGGCCAGCCUUCCUCUGCUGGGCUACUCUGUCACCAUUCCCUCAGAGUCAGAGAACAUCCACAAGGACUAUGUUUUCAAACUGCAUUUCAAGUCCCAUGUCUACUACUUCCGGUCAGAGAGUGAAUACACCUUUGAAAGGUGGAUGGAGGUGAUCCGCAGUGCAACAGCUCCAUACAGUCGCGCACGGGUGCAGAACAACAAGGAGUCACACGCACAUUGA